CUCAAACUAAAAAAGACAUGUAAAUCUGGAACUAACACACACAACUUUUUAUUGUUGUGAAAAUGAAAAUCGCGGAGAAGUUUAGUUCGGUUCAACCAAGUUCAGCUGAUGGUUUGGAUAGUGGUGGGGAAAGCGAUCUUCUCAGUCUAGCACCGCCACUUCGAUCGCCAGUCUCUUCGACCAUUCGACGGCGAUUCCGAAUUGGUCAAUAUCUAUCAAACAUAAAGUUCUUAGUACUGAUCGUGACAAUUUACGUGCUGUUGCAUCUGCUACCGCGUCAUCAUGCAAGCAAACAAAUUCAUGAAACGAAUCGAUCUGUUGUUCUCCUUUGGAAUGAACACAAUUCCUCGCAGGCAGGCGAGGAUUAUAUACAGUGUGGCUGCAGAAUAACCAGUAAUCGCAAAUACGCUCAAAGCUUAAUAGAGGCCGUUGUUGUCCAUGCAGAUCGACCAUAUUCACUGGACGGCCUCGAGAAUAUCGAGCAUACACCAGACUAUCUGGUAGUAUUUACUUCCAAGACUCCAGUCAAUCCAAAUGAGAGCCCAAUAACAGCUAAGAAUGAAUCAGUUUUUAAUUUCACCAUGACCUAUCGGCUAGACUCAGAUCUGAUCUGGACAGAUUUCUAUUUUUAUAAAACUAAGGUGGACUUUAAUAGGCAGCUGGCAUUUGACGCACCAGAUGAGAACUUUAUGGAAAAGCUAUCUAGCUUUGCGGCAACUGAGUUACGAUCAAAAUUAAACGCAAAGAAUCGUUUAAUUCUAUACAUGAUGUAUGAAGUGAACGCAAACACCCUUGCAGAAAGUCUCUAUCUGGAGCAGAUCCGAGAAUAUGCAGAGCUAGACGCCUAUGCGAGUUGCCAAAAAAACACACACUGUAUUGUGUAUCAUUUUAUGCUUGUAUUUGAAUCGAGUACAUGUCCGGACUACUUGAACCCGCAAUUCUUCAUGGCGCUUACCAACUACGUUGUGCCCGUGGUGCUUGGUGGUGGGGACCUGAGUCACAUUGCCCCGCCGGGCUCCUACAUCAGCGCUGACGACUUCUACUCACCCCAGCAGUUAGUAAGUUACUUAAAGCACCUCUCCGUCAAUCCGCACAAGUAUGAGAAGCUCUUCUGGUGGCAUUUUAAAUACCAGCUCAAUAAAAUUAGCCAGCAUUACUGCGCUUUGUGCCGACACUUGCAGCAGACUCAAAAACAUGCCCAUACUAAGAAAUUUGUUCAGUGGUGGAGUCGCUACCAGUGCCCAAAUCGAUCUGAAGUCUGGUCCUGGACUCUCCAUCCGCUCAUUUAGUAAUUCAGAUCUUUAUAAAUUGUUAUUGUUAUUACUGUUA